AAAAAAAAAAACAACAACAACAAAAAAGACACCGGAACCAAACAAAGCCUUACAAACACUUGACGUAGAACAAGGCCAAUUUCUCUUUUUGUCUGAUUUUGUUCUUGUUCCUCAAACUCUCUCUCUCUCCGUGUUACGGCCAAGUUGUGACUCAAUGAGUCAGGAAUCUUUCAUAUACAGCUUCGUGGCACGAGGAACGGUGAUCUUGGCUGAGUACACCGAGUUCACUGGCAACUUCCCGGCGAUUGCAGCCCAGUGCCUGCAGAGACUCCCUUCUUCUAAUAACAAGUUCACUUACAAUUGCGACCACCACACCUUCAACUUCCUCGUGGAAGAUGGCUAUGCUUACUGUGUUGUUGCAAAAGAAUCUGUUAGCAAGCAGAUCUCUAUUGCAUUUUUGGAACGUAUGAAAGCAGACUUUAGGAAAAGAUAUGGGGGUGGUAAAGCAGAUACUGCCAUGGCCAAAAGUUUAAACAAGGAAUUUGGCCGAAUUAUGAAAGAGCACAUGAAGUAUAUCAUUGAUCACGCUGGAGAGAUUGAAAAGCUAAUAAAAGUUAAGGCUCAAGUUUCAGAAGUUAAAAGCAUAAUGUUAGAGAAUAUUGACAAGGCUAUGGAAAGAGGGGAAAACAUUCAGAAUCUUGCUGACAAGACUGAGAAUUUGCAAAAAGAGGCUCAAGUAUACAGGGAAACUGGGACACGAAUCCGAAGAAAAAUGUGGUAUCAGAACAUGAAGAUAAAGUUGGUUGUUCUUGGGAUUUUGUUAGCUCUAGUUCUGAUUAUCUGGCUUUCGAUCUGUCAUGGAUUUAACUGCACGAACUAGAAAUUCAUUAAUGCAUACAGUGUGAUAUACAACAGAAUAUCUUCAACGGCUUCUGAUCAGCAGGGGAAUUUUGGUCUCAUAUUUGGUCAUGAUAAUUGAGAAAUUUGUAUCCUGUGUUUGUACUUGCUCUUGUCAAAUAAUUCUGUAGAAAUUUGUUUGUUGGAUUUUUUUUUAAAACUAUUUUUGUUAUAAAAUUUUUGUUUUUGGUUCA